AUGUCAAAAAGGAAUUCUGAUGUACAACCAAGGACAGAAAAGAUUAUCAAACUCUUACCACCGGAUGGAGGGUGGGGUUGGAUGGUGCUGAUAGGCACUGGACUCUCAAAUAUUUUUAACCAGUCCAUGUUGUCUCUAUUCAGCUUGUUAUAUGGAGAUGCUCUAGAAGCUAUGGGUCAUGAGACAAAAGGAGCAGCCAUUCGGGGGGCACUUAUAAAAGUAACAUCACCUAGGUUUGUGGCUGUCCUUGGGGCCUUUUUUUGUACAACCGGUAUAUUACUUAGUGGAUUUUCAACGAACAUUUGGCAUUUAGUUCUCUCUUAUGGAGUUUCACUAGGUUUGGGUCUUGGUUUUAUACAAAAUGCUUCCUUUGUCGCUAUUAAUGGAUAUUUUAAAUUAAGGAAAAAUUUAGCCGUUGGCCUAGCAAUGGUGGGAACUGGAAUUGGCCAGACGCUUAUGCCGCAUGUAGUGAGAUACUUUUUGGCCAACUAUGGCUUUAAAGAUGCUUGUAUAUUACUAGCGUCAUUAAGUUUACACGGGAUUUGUGGGACGAUGCUUAUUCAACCCGUUGAGUGGCAUAUGAAAAAGGUUGAGGAAGAGGUAGUUAUUGAUGAGAAGAUGUACUUGCUAGAUGAAAAAACGGAUGCGAUAAGCAAGAAAGAUUAUAGCAGCAAUGAAAGUUCCAAUAAAAAUGGUAGUCAAACUACUUUGCCUGCGGCAACAGACUUCAAUACGAAGGCUGAUUCUAAAUCCGUUAGCACUAAAGAAAAAGAAACCAAACAAAGUCCCGAAAAGGCUAAAAAUAAAGAUGGCAGUGUGGAAGGACCGACACAAGAAAAAACACUAUUAAGGAAGAUUUACGAUUUAUUUGAUAUGUCACUAUUAUCGAAUCCACGUUUUAUUAAUAUAAUCAUUGGAACUGCACUUACUGUGGUUUCUAUACAAAACUUCAGCAUGAUAUUCCCAUUCUUUCUGCAGAAAGCUGCGUCAAUGAAUAAACAACAAACCGCCACUUGUAUGUCAGCUGUGGCUUUGGCUGAUAUCAUGGGAAGAAUUGUUUUACCAAUGUUGCAAGAUAGAUUUCGAAUCAAAGCCAGGAUGAUGCUUAUUAUGACUAGCAUUUGGUUAAUAGUUGUAAGACAAAUUUUGGCUUAUCAAAGAGAUCUGUAUUUGUUACUCAUCCUCUCCGCCUUGUACGGAUUUGGAAGAAGCAUGGUAAUUGUAGCCAGGAAUAUAGCUAUUUCAGAACCAUGUAGGACGGAACAAGUGCCUUCUGCUGUUGGUUUAGGCAUGUUAACAAUGGGUAUUAUUGUACCCCCCGUCGGAUAUUUCUUAGGCUGGAUCAGAGAUUAUACAGACAGUUUCGCAAUAUGUAUCACAGCCCAAAACAUGCUGCUCUUAUUGUUCUUGGCUAUGUGGAUUCCUGAUAUGUUAUAUUUCUAUUUACAAGAAAAGAAGGAGCGAAAUAAAAAUGUUAGAAAAUCAAUAACCUAG